UUAUUCUGCACCUCGACCAAUGAGAGAAGGGGGUGUUCCCUGUAGCGCUACAGGGGCGGAGCUUAACUGCUCUUCUGUUAAAAUCCCACGUGAACUGCGUGAAUCGUGAUCUCCUGCGUGAACAUGGCGAACAUUCGGAGUAUCAAGGGCAUGGUCGGGCUCGUCACCGGAGGAGCGUCCGGGCUCGGCCGCGCCACCGUGGAGCGGCUGGUGCAGAACGGAGCGUGCGCGGUGAUCCUCGACCUCCCCUCCUCUGAUGGUCAUGCCCUCGCAGCCAGCCUGGGUGACCGCUGCGCCUUCGCACCUGCUGAUGUGACGUCUGAGGCGGACGUGCAGUCCGCGGUGGCUCUGGCCAGGGAGCGGUUUGGGAAGCUGGACCUGGCGGUGAACUGUGCUGGCAUCGCUGUGGCGGUCAAGACGUAUAACAUCAAGAAGGACCUCCCUCAUAACCUUGAGGACUUCCAACGCGUCAUCACGGUGAACAUCGGAGGCACGUUCAACGUGAUCCGUCUGGCGGUCGGGGCGAUGGCGAAGAACGAGCCUGAUGCCGACGGCCACAGAGGCUGCAUCAUCAACACGGCGAGCGUGGCGGCCUACGACGGACAGGUGGGCCAGGCGGCGUAUUCAGCCUCCAAAGGGGGUAUCGUGGGUAUGACCCUCCCCAUCGCCAGAGACCUGGCUCCUAUGGGCGUCCGCGUGGUCACCAUCGCUCCGGGCCUCUUCUCCACCCCCCUGCUCGCCGGCCUCCCAGAGAAGGUGCGCUCCUUCCUGGCCCGCCAGGUGCCUUUCCCCUCGCGCCUGGGUGACCCCGCUGAGUUUGCCCACCUUGUGACAUCGAUUGCAGAGAAUCCCAUGCUCAACGGAGAGGUCAUCAGACUAGACGGAGCAAUUCGCAUGCAACCUUGAGAGAGGUGUGUGUGUGUGUGUGUGUGUGUGUGUGUGUGUGUGUGUGUGUGUGUGUGUGUGUGUGUGUGUGUGUGUGUGUGUGUGUGUGUGUGUGUGUGUGUGUGUGUGUGUGUGUGUGUGUGUGUGUGUGUGUGUGUGUGUGUGUGUGUGUGGCAGUACUUCUGUACUCUAUGGGGUGUUCCUUCCUUUGUAAACUAACCUAGAAAGUAAACGAAUGUAUUUUUGUCUUCCUACCCAAAUUAAAAAAAUUGCAACAUAAGCAAGUAAGCUUAGAAAUUGUGCGGUGAUUUCUGCACUCAAGCAUUGUUUCUGAUGCCGUACAUCAAUAUUGUUUUAGUAGAUAUCUGAAAGCUGCAAAGUCAACCGUCAUUCUUGAGUUAUAAAGUUAAUCCCAUAAUUAAACAGAAAUGGAUUUA